AUGAGUAGUAAUACAACAACAACAACAACAACUACAGUUGAUGAAAAGAAAAAGGUGGUGCGAAGCAUUGAGGAGAGCUUUGAAGAGUUGAACCAGGAGGAAACAAAGAUACUCAACAACCAGUGCAGCAUCAUCAAGGAGAUCAACUAUCGUCUCGUCAACUCAAUCACAGGCGCCCAGUCCAUUCAGAAGGAAAAGGAUGCCGUCAAUGUUGAUGAGCCAGUCAAGGGCUAUGAUCACAUGCUUCGAAAGCUAGCUCGUCUUCAACAUUUUGUCUCUGUCGAGUCAAAGGAUCUAGUCAACUCGAUUGAGAUCCUAGAGUCCAUCCAGAUUGUUGGCAGCACUCAGAAGUACAGACAAAGAGAAAUUGAUCUCAAGAUGAGAACAGAGUCAUUGGUUGCAUUGUCAGAUGCUGCCUCCAAGUGUCCCUUGCACGCCACCAAAGAGUGUGCGGAACAACAUCAUCAGCAGCAACAGCAACUAAGAGAACAAAUUACUUCAUCAUUCAACCAAAAUGAGUUGGAGGACGAUGACGAUGAUGACGAUGAUGAUUAUACCGACUCAUCCGAUUAUACAUCAGACGAAGAAGAAGAAGAUGAUGAUGAGCCACGCGAGAGGGCCACUGUGUCCCCAAGGAAACUCAGAGAGAUCAAGUUAUUGCUACUCCAAAAGAUCGAGGUACUUCUCAAUUACUUGGACAACAUGUCUGCUGAUUUGUCAGCACUCAGACUACGUGCCAUGGAGAAGAAGCAACUCUACGGUCAUAUCCCAUUUGACCUUUCACUCAAUGACAGCUUCGAUUUGCAAUCACCAGAGGUCAGAAGAAUGCUUGCGGCAAACGCUGAGGCAGCUGCAGGUCUUCUUAGACCACCCGUGCCAGUUGAACAGACCUCACCAGUGGUGAAGACACCAACCAAAACAACGACUCUCUCAGUCUCCACCAAUGGAACUCACACACACUUCAUGCCCACGCCACAACCGGUCGAGUUGCGUAGCAGCGGCCACCUGCCCCCAGUCAUCACUGACAAGUUGAAGAGUAUGAACAUAACCUCUCCGGAACAGAUUUUCCGAACAGACGACAUCACGGUCUCCAAUGACAAUGACGACCCAAGUGUGGACUACACCAAUCUUCCAACAUCUACCCCAUCACAGUUAUUGCAUGACUAUAGACAGAAGAGACAACAAGUCAACAAGGUGGAGUAG